GAGGGCCUCAAUUUGCUUUUUGGAACCGGGGCCUCAAAAUUCAUUUGAUGACCUUGUGCGUAUGUUACGUUGGAUGUGUGGACAUACCAGAAAAGAGCGCUUGAAGAAUGAGAUAAUUAGACAAAAGGUGGGUGUAGCACAUAUAGAAGAUAAGAUGCAAGAGUCUCGAUUGCGGUGGUUUGGUCAUGUGGGUAGAAGAUUGAGUGAUGCACCUGUUAGACGAGUUGAGAGGUGGGGAGAUGAGGCAGGCAGGAGGAGGGGAAUACCCAAAGAAUCUUGGAUUAAAGGAAACAUAACUAAUAUACGUGUGGAGGAUUGAUCUCCUCUCUUCAUAUAUCUCUUUUAUUUUUCAUCUAUCUCGUGUCCUCAUGUUAUUUUUAUCUUAUCUUACUUUCUCUUUUUAUUUUUCUUAUUUUUCUUAUCUUUUUUUCUUAUUUCUUAUUUUUCUUAUCUUUCUUCUAUUUUGGCUAUGAUAUCAUGAAUAGAUUCAUGUUAGCCGACCCCAAAAUCUUUUGGGAUUAAGG